UGUCAGCAUUCAGAACAUGAGAAUGAGGUUUAACACAGUUUUGGGUGUUGCUGUGGCUGUACUUCUCAGUCUAGAAGGCUCUUUCUGUCAGCUAGAUGUGUGCGGCCAAGCUCCUCUUAACACAAAGACGACUUUAAGGGCGACUGCGAUGGCAGGGUCUUGGCCGUGGCAAGUAGACAUUUACCAAAUCAGCACUGGAACGCAUCAGUGCAGUGGGAGUCUCAUCAAUAAAGACUGGGUUUUGACUGCAGCCAAAUGCCUAAUAGACUUCUAUUACUAUGACAUUGACAAAUCAGACUUUAUAAUCAAACUGGGACAUGAAAACCACCACGGCCCAAACCCGCAUGAAAUCAACAGAACAGUGACUCAGAUCAUCAGACAUCCUAACUAUACCAAAAAUUCUUUCAGUGAUAACAUAGCACUGCUUCAGCUCUCAUCUUCUGUGAAUUUCACAGAUUAUAUUCGACCGGUCUGUCUGGCUGCUCCUGGUAGUGUAUUUGAUGAAGGACUUUCAAGUUGGGUCACAGGUUGGGGAGGGACUGUUAAUGGUAGUUACGCAGACACUGAUCAUUUGCUGGAAACAGAAGUGCCAGUUGUGAGCAACCGUAACUGCAGUAAUAUCUGGAAACAAUUGACCAUCACAGACAACAUGCUGUGUGCUGGAAUAUUAAAUUAUACAGGCAAUAGCAGAUGUGCGGGUGAACUCGGAGGGCCAUUGGUCAUUAAGCAGGACUCUCAGUGGAUUCAAUCUGGAAUUACAAGUUUUAUAAAUGGGAAUGUGUGUAAUUCUAAUCCCAAAAAUACCAAGCCUAUUGUGUUCACCAGAGUCUCUCAAUAUCAGGAAUGGAUCAACACUCAGAUAGCCAGUGAAUUCCACCAGUCUACCCAUAAUACCACUCCUCCUUAUACUCUCCAUCCCACUCUUCCUUAUAUUCCUGAUCCCAAUCAUUUCAUUCCUGAUAUCUUCAGCGGAAGCUCAAGUCUUCAUUCAUAUCCGGUUUCCCUCACAUUCUCCAUCAUCUCUCUCAUCUUCUGUCUCUUUAUGAAGGUUGUUUGAGACACAAUAAUUGAUUAUUUAAGAUAAAAAAAUCUGAAAACUUUCUUAUUAAUUGGUCUGGGUUUCAAUAAAAUACAUAAACCUCUGACUUUUAAUAAUGAUGGUGAGAUAUUUGUGUAGAGUGUGUUGGUGUACGGGUUUAUGUGUGGCCUAAAUUUAAAACACAAAACUAAGAAUGCAAAGCUUUAUGUAAAUGAAAUUCGUUAUCUUUUUAUCAUCUUUUACAUGACAGCUGAAUCUUUAUUCACUGGAAUUUGCAUUUCUUUAGUGAGGUCUCAACACAAUCAGUGUAAUGUGAUAUGAUUUUGAUUUUCUAUCUGUAGUAUUACUGUUGUAAUCAUUUCAUAUGCUCAUACUUUUGUCCAUAAUGUAAAUCAUACAUUUGACAUAUAAAAUUGCACUUUACAUUGUGCCAACUAACAGCAUGGCUUAUAUGAUUGAUAUCUUUUGAUUGAAUUGUUUUCUUUAUAUUAUGCUUUUGAGUAUUAAUGUAAGUGGAUUUAGAGAUAUAGGUUAAAUAAAGUGGACAAAUGAUUAUGGGUGAGAAGUCUUUUCCGGACAUGAAUAAGCUUUCUUUUCAUGGUAAAGACAGACACCUGUUCUCAGAGUGUGUUUUCAGUAUUGGGAUCAUUGAGAGUGUAGAAAUAAUCGUGUAUGCUUUUUUAAACAAUCCUCCUUCAAGACUUUUAGGUUGAGUAUUACGUUUAGACAAGAGUAUUAACACUUAAUGACAUUUUAAAGCAACACUAUGUAGUUUCCAUGUAAAAAUGACUUACAGCUCCCCCAUGUGGUUGAAAAGCGCAACAGUGCCUGGUAUCAGACACUCUUCUGCAGGCAGGGGGAGGGGCAGGGCUGUGCUCUACCCUCCACCGCCACUUUCAGAGUGUGCUUGUAGCAGCUAGGAGGCUGCUCAGGUUGCAGCAACAGUAUUUUUCCAGUU